AUGUCUAGACAGCUCAUCGCCGCCCAUUACGCUCGCAUCCUCGCCCGCUGGCCCAAAGACAUCCUCCGCCCCGAACGAACUUUCGAACAAAAAGUCCUCCAACCACGCAUGCAGAACCCACCUGUCCCAUACCGCCCCGAAGAAAAAGAAGUCAACGCAGCAUAUCUCCUUCUCGACAACACUUUCUCCAAGCAGUUUCCACUGCAGGAGAAGCUGGUCAAGCCGGCGAGCAAUCCGGAUUACUACGUGAAUUUGAAGAAGGAGUUAGAGGAGCUGCCGAAUCGAUCGUGGCUGAGUAGCUUUGUUAAGAGGUUGCAGAAUAUGGUGAGGUUGAAAUGA